AUGUCAUCCCAACAGAUUUUUCCCAUAACCCAACAUACCCAAUUGUCUUCGUAUGCAUUUCCUGAAUCGAACCCUUCUUCAGUCUCGCCUAGUGGUUCAUCUUCAGUAGACACAAGGUUGCUUAAGGUUGAAGAUGACCCAACUGUGAGGCUUCUCAUUUCUUCAUUGUUUGAAAAUGAAAAGGCCUCCUUCCAGCCCAUUAAGCCCCUUCUUCCCAAGAUAAAAACGACUAAGACGUUUUACCAGCACCGGCGAUGCAGAACCAAUAGUGAAGAUUCUAUAUCUUCGAUAUCUGACAUCGAAGGUUGUCGAUCUUUGAGGAGUGAUGUUGGCCACGCCGUGGCCGAGACAUUCUUGCUCACUCGUCUAAGUUUAAAGCUUUUGAGAUAUCUUGGGGUAGGAUACAUAUGGAUGACAAGAUUUCUUGCACUUGGUUGUUAUGCAUUGUUACUUGUACCAGGCUUUUGUCAAGUUGGUUACAACUAUUUCUUCUCCAGUCAGAUACGCAAAAGUAUUGUUUACGGCGAUAAACCAAGGAAUAGGCUGGAUCUGAAUCUACCUAAAAAUAGUGAUGGGCCAAAACCAGUCAUUGCAUUUGUAACUGGUGGAGCUUGGAUUAUUGGCUAUAAAGCAUGGGGUUCUCUUAUGGGACAACAGUUAUCAGAAAGGGACAUUAUUGUGGCGUGCAUAGAUUACACAAAUUUUCCUCAAGGAACUAUUAGUGAUAUAAUAAAAGGGUAUUAUUUAUAA